GUCCAGCCAGAUCCGAACGGCGGUCGGCGAGCGGAGGGAGCGCCAUGAAGAUGCUGGGCUCGCCUUGGGCUCGCUUCUACUCCAAUAGCUGUUGCCUGUGCUGCCAUGUCCGCACCGGGACCAUCAUCCUCGGGGUCUGGUACUUGAUCAUCAACUCGGUGGUAUUGCUGAUUGUACUGAGUGCCCUGACGGAUCCUGGCCAGUACCACUUGACGACUGCUGAGUUAGGGGGUGACUUUGAAUUUAUGGAUGAUGCCAAUAUGUGCAUUGCCACUGCAAUUUCUCUUCUCAUGAUUCUCAUCUGUGCAAUGGCCACGUACGGUGCAUACAAGCAACAUGCAGCCUGGAUCAUCCCAUUCUUCUGCUACCAGAUCUUUGAUUUUGCACUCAACACCUUAGUGGCUAUCAGUGUACUUGUUUAUCCAAGCACAGUUCAGGAUUACCUGCGGCAACUGCCUGCCAACUUUCCCUACAAGGAGGAGAUUAUGUCAGUGAAUUCCACCUGCUUGGUUGUGAUUAUUCUCCUUUUUAUAAGUAUCAUUUUAGCUUUCAAGGCUUAUCUGAUCAGUUGUGUAUGGAAUUGUUAUCGAUACAUCAAUAACAGAAACAGCUCCGAUGUGCUCGUCUAUAUUACCACUAAUGAUACGGCGGUGCUGUUGCCCCCAUACGAUGAUCCUACAAAUGGUACUGCUGCUAAGGAUCCACCACCACCUUAUGUGUCGGCUUAAGCAGAGUGUGCAAAAUGUAUCUAAAGAACAAAUAGCUUUACGUCUCAAACACCUGAGCAAUAUAUUCUUUCUUUCAUUUCUGGGACUGAUGUAUAAGCUCCAAAUACUUAUUUAUUGCUGUUUUUGCUGUAGAUAACUUUAAAAAAUUCUUUGCCUAAUGAAGUGUUGAAUUGGCUUGAAGAACCAUUUUUGAUUAGCUAAGGUUGUGUAGUCACAGUAUAGAUUUGUUUUGCCAUACCUUGUCAUGCAAAUCUGUACAAAACUGUACCUGAUUUUAUAUCCUCAGCAACUCUGUGUGGAUUCAGUUUUUAGUUUUUGCUAUCUCUAACGCUUUCUAAUCAACCAGAAAAGGUUUCUGAGGUGAUCUUUCAUGUUGCAAGUGCUCUGAUUUGUCAAUUAAAAGAAGGUGUGAUCAAAUGGGAAACCCACUUUAUUGCAGGCAACAAUAAAAAAUCCAAAAUGUUUUUCGUAGACACUG